CGACAAUAUUCUUGGUAAUUUAAUUCAGGGUAAAAACAAGCAUUGGAAUUUGAGUUGUGUUGAAGUAACAGUUGCUAAUACAAAUCAAUUAUAUCGCUUUGUUUAUAAUGAUUGGCUUAGUUUAACAUAUGGUAAACGAAAAUCAUUAUGGGUUGACUUGCCGGCCAUGAUUGGCGAUACCGUUCAGUUAAAAGAGACAUGUUUGGAUAUAUUUGUUAAGACUGGAAAUAUGCCAGCCAGCUCUACUGAUGCAAAUGUAUAUGUACAACUUUUUGGUGAAUAUGGUGAUUCAGGAGAAAUACUAUUGAAACAAACGGUAUCGAAUCAAAAACCUUUUCAAAAUAAUUCAAUUGAUCAUUUUAAAAUACCAUCAAUUUUAAAACUUGGUAAUCUUGCCCGUUGUCGAAUAUGGCAUGAUAAUAAAGGAUCAUCACCAAAUUGGUAUUGUGAAUGGCUUGAAGUAAAAGAAGUUCUGAUACCUGGAGAAAAAAAUUUGUCAUGUAACUGGAAAUUUACUUUUAACAAAUGGUUAUCCAUAAGUGACGAUAACAAACAAUUAUUAAGAGAUGCUCCAUGUUCUGAAGUUUAUCUGAAUGAUUCCAAAGGUCAUAGAACUAUUGAUCAGGAAUCUAUCGAGACAUUGAUAACAACGGCAGAUUCUAUGAAUAUAUCUGACUUAAAAGAUAAUCCCGAAGGAAAACUAGUAUAUGAAGUAGUAAUAGAAACUGGUAAUCUAAAAGAUUCGGGUACAACUUGUGAUGCAUGGAUUAUUGUAGAAGGUAAACAUGGUCGUAGUCCGAAGUUGGAACUAGUUAAUCAAGUUGGCAAUCCAAUACUUCAAGUUAAUCAAACGAAUACAUUUCAAUUACCAAGCUUCCCACUAGGUGACCUUGAAACCAUUCGACUAGGUAUACAAGAACGAAAUAUUGACAAACAAAUAAAUCCAAAUGAUGUCCAAUUACAAAAGUGGUUCUGUGAAAAAGUAAGCAUAACAGAUCCAGUAAGUAAACGGACGUAUAUGUUUACCAUUCAUCAAUGGUUAAGUGUUACUCCAACUUCUAAUUUGAAAAAAGACGUUCUAGUGAAUUACAGUAAAAUAAUUGAAGAUCCGUAUAAGAAAGCAUUCAAUGAACUAAAAAACAAACAAACUAUCAUGUAUAAAGUUUCCAUAUAUACUGGAACAAAAGGAUGUGCAAAUACAGAUGCCAAUAUUUUCAUCACAAUGUUCAGUACCACACCAGGCUUAAACUCUGGACGGAUUGCUUUAAAACGAGAAAACAAGAAUUUGUUUGACAGGAAACAACUUGACGAAUUUUAUGUUGAAUCUAUCGAUUUGGAAUUUAUUCAACGGAUUAUUAUAGAACAUGAUAACACAGGUGUUAGUCCUGAUUGGUAUUUAGAUAAAGUACUAAUCACAAAUCAGCUAAACAAUCAGAUUCAUUUAUUCCAAUGUUAUCAGUGGAUUUCAAAGAAUAAAGGUGAUUGUAGAUUAUGGAAAGAAUUACUGGUCUCAAAUUAG